AAGGCCCAACAUGGCCCCGCGUUGCCGCGGUAACGGUCACUUCCUGUGCUGACGCCACGCCUCUUCCGGUCACGUGCGGCGAAGAUGGCGGCGCCCGCGGCGGGGCCGGUGCCGGUGCUGCGGAUCGUGGCCGAGUGCGGGCGGAGCCGCGCCCGGGCCGGGGAGCUGCGGCUGCCGCACGGCACCGUGCCCUGCCCCGUGUUCAUGCCCGUGGGCACCCGCGGCACCGCCAAGGGCCUGACGGCCGCGCAGCUGGCGGCGCUCGGCUGCCGCAUCUGCCUCGGCAACACCUUCCACCUGGGCACGCGGCCGGGCUCGGAGCUGGUCCGGCGCUCCGGGGGCCUGCACGGCUUCAUGGACUGGCCGCACAACCUGCUGACGGACAGCGGCGGGUUCCAGAUGGUUUCGCUGCUGGCGCUGUCGGAGGUGUCGGAGGAGGGGGUUCGGUUCCAGCCCCCCCACGGCGGGGAGGAGAUCCUGCUGAGCCCCGAGAAAUCCAUGGAGAUCCAGAACGCCCUGGGGGCCGAUAUCGUGAUGCAGCUGGACGAUGUCGUGAGCAGCACCACGACGGGGCCGCGCGUCGAGGAGGCCAUGCUCAGGUCGGUGCGCUGGCUGGAUCGCUGCGUGGCCGCCCACGCCCGCCCCGGGCAGCAGCUGCUCUUCGCCAUCGUGCAGGGGGGGCUGGAGCCCGAGCUGCGCCUGCGCUGCAUCCGAGCCAUGACCCAGCGGGACGUGCCCGGUUUCGCCAUCGGGGGCCUGAGCGGCGGCGAGGCCAAGGCGCGGUUCUGGCGCGCGGUGAAGCUGAGCACCGAGCACCUGCCCCGGGACAAGCCCCGCUACCUCAUGGGCGUGGGGUACGCCACCGACCUGGUGGUCUGCGUCGCGCUGGGCUGUGACAUGUUCGACUGCGUCUUCCCCACCCGCACGGCGCGUUUCGGUUCCGCCCUGGUGCCCUGGGGGUCCCUGCAGCUGAGGAGUCACCGAUUCGCCAAAGACUUCCGGCCCAUCGACGCCGACUGCGGCUGCCCCACGUGCCAGAGGUACUCCCGGGCGUACCUGCACGCGCUGCUGCGCUCCAACACGGCCGCGCUGCACCUGCUCACCCUGCACAACAUCGCCUACCAGAUGAAGCUGAUGGGCUCCAUCAGGGACAGCAUCCUGCGGCAGCGCUUCCCCGAGUUCGUGCGGGAGUUCAUGGACACCAUGUACGGGGGGCGGGGGGGACCCCCGGCCUGGGCUCGGGAGGCCCUGGAGGCUGUGGGGAUCACCCUGGGCUGAGGGGAGCCCCCAGACCCCUGGGAACCCCCCAGACCCCUGGGAACCCCCAGACCUCUGGGGAACCCCCCAGACCCCUGGGGAACCCCCCAGACUCCUGGGGAACCCCCUGGGAAC